UGUCAGUCCUCUACACGCAUCAUUAGUUGCUUGUGGAUCGUCUGAAUUGGCUCAGUUGAGUUGUCGACAGCAACGGCGGAGACAACAACAAACACCCGCUUCGGCUGUAACAAAACAACAUUAAUUGCUGCUUCCGCCAUCCGCCGAUGUUUUACGUUUUUGCUUCUUCACUACUAAUUCUCCGCCAGAGAACAACACUCAAUAAAUAUUAUCCAUUAUUGCCAUCGCCUGCGCUGCUAUUGUCGGAGCACUUGCCUAAACCUGUGCUAGGUCUCCCCGCUGAUCCAUCCAUCGGGAGGUCCGACCAGCUGCUGUCACAUUCCCUCCCUCGGUACAACCGUGAGCACCACAAGUGCCAACGGAAUGCGCCGCACCCAAUUGAAUUAAUUACGUCGGAGCCACAAGAGACGAAAAAAAAACCCCCCCUUGUGUUGAUGAGAGAAGAGGUCGUCGUCAACCAUGGAUCUCCACCUCCACCUUUCCCCAAACUCGACUACACCCUCGUCAUCCAGCUUCCCCCACCCUCGACAAUCUUCCUGGGCCAGAUCGUCUCGAUAUUCAAAUUCCCCUCCGUCGCCCCCCCUAGCCUCUGAACCAUUCAGCUUACAAACGCGACGUCUGCAGCUUCGAAACGCUCGGUUUCGAGGCACCAACAUAUCGCCGCGCAAAGUGUCGGAUCGCGCCUCGACAUGGGGUUCGUUGUCAGCUGGUUCUGACGUUUCAAUCGACAAAGAAAACCAACCACUGCCAUCCGAAGAAGCCACAUCCGUCGAUAAGCCAACGGGCUCGGUGCGAAGGAGGGUUAGCAUUCUGCAGGAGCUACACGAUUCUUCACAGAGAGGCCGGAAACCUCGUCGCCCAUCAAUCACACAGCUCUUUGGUCCGCCUUUGGAUGACGACGUCCUGUCUUUACCUCAAACCCGAGCGUAUAAACCAGAGUACUCGAGAAAUUCCUCACCAGCUUCAAUCUUCCAGGAUAAUGACACUGACGCAGAGGUGGCAUAUCGUGAUCGGGGUUCCCCUCUAUCAUUAAACGCGUCACACGCGUCUCGCCCAAAGAAUAAUCGGGAAAGAACCUCCAGCUACAAAGCAAACCGAUAUAUUGAUCACCUGGAAACACAGUUGGCUGCGAUGCAAAGCCGGUUAAGCCCUAUGCAGGCGUCAACCACACAGUCUCAGGUGUCGAGGCUCAGGUCCUUGAGUGCCGAGAUCAAGGUUCUGCGGCAAGAGAUCGCUGAGUGGGAGGAUAAGUUUGAGACUCGUGUGGAUGAGGAAGUAUCGAUACGGACUGAGGUUGAAAAUAAAUUAAGGACCAAGAUCAUCUUUUUAGAGAGUCAGAUCGAGGAAAACGAAUAUCGAAUCAAAGAACUUGAAUGUGAACGGGAUAUACAGGCCCAAAAGCUGCGAAAUGCUGAAUCUUUAAGGUCAACGAAUCGGAGUUUAGAGAGGCGUGUCGAUGUCUUGACUGAGCUGCUGGCACAGUCUCCUAUAAGACAAGAGCCUCGAACCCCAGAGUUCUCUCCAAUACGCAGCCCUGGUCCCCGUCUAACACGACCAACAUCUAUGCUGCCGUAUGUACCAGCUCGCACAGACACAGGAUGCCAACCUCUAAUCCCCCCUUCGACUCGAGAAUUUGAUCCUGACGCUGAGGACAACCAAGACCCCGCGGACAUUCCGGAUCUUAUUCCUGAUGAUUCCACCAUGGCGUCUUCAUCAGUAUCAAAAUCACAACGAUCCUCCACAUUGUCUCAGAUUUCAUCCAUAUCAUCUCGGUGGAGUGUACCGCUUCCAUUCUCUUCUGAGCUGCAGGGCAGAACACCCGGGCGAUCUCGAAAUAUGCGCCGAUUUCCUUCUGGGACAUGUACCCUUAAGCCUUUAAUUUUGCCUACAACUGCUACACCGAAUCCGGAUUGUGCUCGACGGCAAUCCCAACUAUCUGAAACACAACAGCCUUUUUCCAGCCCAAAUUCCGACCGCGAUUCCCCUGAUGAUAUUAUUAAACCUGGCACUUGCCUUGCGCAAGAGGAGACGCUAGCAGCGCUGGAAGGCCGAUCAUAUUACUAUCAAACUUUCGACGAAGCUAUGUUGGAAGUGGAUGAUGAAGUAGACUCUCUUUUAACGAGGAGAUCGGACACAGGCACCGGCCGACUAUCUAUGGCUUCUAUUGAUACUGACUAUCGACCGUUCGCAUUUCAGUCAGUAGAUGACGAUAUAUCUUCGCCAACGCAGGGUGGUCGGAGAUACAGUUAUCGAGGCAUGGUUAGAGACUCGAUUGUUGGGUCACGUCGCCUCAGGACUCAUAGCAAGAGAUCGAGGGAUGACAGAACUCCCAGGGGAGCCGAAAAAACAUGCCUUUCAAAAGUCUAUGAAGAAACAAAUCAAAAUAACGGACUAAGUCACAUCGAAGAUAGUGCUGGAGUUACGAGAAGGGCUUUCCAAGAGUUCAUAACUACUUUUAGCGCGGUGGCGCAAAAGACGGUUGCAACUGUUUGGCACCAGAGCAUGACACGUUUCGGAAAGUUUUCUUGGUGGAUAAUGAGCAUUCUUUUGGGCUCGCAGCGUCGAGACGACUGGUUGAAGAACUCGUCGUUGAAGGUGAAAAGUCGCGAGUGGGAUGAGUACCGUGUUGGCAUUUCUCCUUCACCCUCGUGUAGCUGUGGCCAGCACUUGAAGCUAGCACCCCAGCAACAAUCUCUUCCUGGUAACUCUGGCAGUAGCGUGUCAAAUUCUGUUGGUCACUCGAUAACUUUGUGGGCGAGAUUCUCUGUUGCCUUGGUAGUGGCAGUUGCCCUCGCACUGCGCCAUGGGCCGGGGAUGUUGCUGGAAGACCGACAGCAGAAAUCGACAGUUGAUGCUAGCGAUAAUCAAGUGGAUGACAUUGGUGCCGAGGACACCACGGCCGACAUAAAUAAUAAUAUCACACGACCAGUUACUUGGACGCAGCCUCUGACUAUUGAAGACUUUCUCACAGGCUAGUCUAAAGCGACUUUUAUGACUAUUAUUAUUACUACUCUGACACGACAUCACUACAACUAAUGACUUAUAUGACGACACGGAUAUUCAUAAUACCACGAUACUCAUACAACCCUUUUUUUACGCUUUCCAUUCAUCAUAAAUGUAUUUAUUACCCCGCUUCAUCCACUUACACCAGGCGGAUGAACUUUGCUUAGCUAUUUAGAAGAAAUAUCACAAUCA